AUGCCCUUCUGUGGCUUCACGAGCGUCGGAGAAUGGCCCGACUGCUGCAAUUUGAACCUCUACACGGAUGGAGCCUCGACUGUGGGCUGGCACUCAGACGACGAGGCUCUCUUCCAAGGUCGAUACCAGGACAUCACGAUCAUCUCCAUGUCCCUGGGCGUUCCGAGGACCUUUGAGUUGCGCUACCUCUACCCGGAGGAGCAUGAAGAAGCAGUGCUCCACCGCUUUGUGCUCGGCAGCGGGGACCUGAUGACCAUGGAGGGCAUGGCCCAGAAGCACACGCAGCACCGGGUCCCCAAAGAGCCGGCCUUUGGUGCACGGAUCAACCUGACCUGGCGUUGGGUCCGGAAGCACAAGCCGCAUUGCCCUGCGGGGCACGUUUGGAGAUAA